GUUCGUCGUAUCAGGGGCUGCAGUAAUCCUGAACUCUACGCCAAAAUCUUACCAUUCGGCCUGUCAAUAACUGGCGAAAGGGUAGCAUGAGGACGCCACGAGACGGCCUCAAGAUGAUUUCGCACAAGAUAACUCGCGGACUUUUUGUCUUCUGAGUCUCGUCUUUCUCUGGCUCAGAACCAUGGUCUCUCUCUACUGAGCUAGCAGCCAAGACCGAUCACGACACGUACACCACACACACCACGCGCACGCAAUUCGACAUGGACACCGUGACGGACACACAGCACCUUGUCAGUAUUGUGGCCGGACCGGCGGUGUUCGAUCCGGGGCGGUUUCGGGUUAGCCAGGACUCGACGUCGUUCACGGACGUGAUCACAGGCGAAGGUACGUCGUCGUUCGCUUCACAGGCACUCACUUCCAGCCAGACCGUGUAAGAGGAGGGCGGAAAAGUCGUGGACGUGCGGAAGUCGUUGCCGUUCGCCGCGCUGGUUGU